AUGCCGAACCAGCAUAAACCACUUCCCCCUGAGGAUGAAAUCAAGGAAUACGUACAGUUCUACUAUGAUCUAGGUCAGAACGAUUGUGAGAUUCAGGACAAUAUGAAAGACCAUUACAAUACAGAAUUGUAUGGCCUAAGUGUGUCGAGCAUUAAAAGGCUUAGAAAAAAGUGGGAUCUUCUCAGUACUCGACAACAAAAGCACACCUUGGAGUCAAUUGCCCCUGCCAUUCAGGAAAUGCGAACUAGAUUCCCUACUCGAGGUGUGGAAAUGAUUAGAAAGCAGCUACGGGUUGAGUUUAAUAUCAGAGUUCCUCGAAGUGUUGUUUAUAAUUAUCUUCAAAUGACUGAGCCCGAUGCGCUAAAGGCUCGGAAGGCUCGUAGAUUCAAACGCAGACGCUACCAUGCUGCUGGUGUUAACGAUACUUGGGCCCAAGACCAACACGACAAAUGGGGUCCUCGGUUUGGACUAUGGCUUCACCACAGUGCAGAUCCAUUCACUGGAUUCCUGAAUUGGUUAAAGGUAUGGUGGACUAACAAGAAUCCCCGUCUAAUUGCUGGUUAUUUUAUUGAUACGGCUCGCAAAUAUGGCGCUAUUCCUCUUACGACGCAAAGUGACCCAGGAUCAGAAAAUUUUGGUGUAGCCAACGUUCAGACCUUGGCUCGACACCGGCUUGAUCCUACUCUUGUUGGGACUCUGCAACAUAGGUGGCUUUGGCAUAAAGCCAACAUCAAGCCUGAAAUCAAUUGGUCGGUAUUUCGUCGUGACUUUGCUCCUGGUUAUGAGGAUUUGUUCCAACAAGGAGUUGUUUCUGGAUGGUAUGAAGUUACCAAUGUUGUUGAAAACUUGGUUUUCCGCUGGAUCGCAAUUCCAUGGCUGCAAAACGAGCUUGACAAGUGGGCAAAUACCAAAAAUCGAACGGCACCACGUUCAGACCGCAAGAAAAUUCUCCCACUCGGUGCUCCUCUGUUAAUUCGCACCAAGCCCAAAAAAUUCAAUGCUCUUGACUUUAAGAUUCCUGUUACAGAAGACCUUCUUGAUGACCUUGAAAAUGAGUAUGCACCCAAAGAUCACCCAGUUUUUCAACUUACACCACCCACCUUUGACGAACGAGCCCGAAAGAUUUAUGAGGACAUUGGGACUCCUGAGGUAACAAUGGCCAGUUUUUGGGAAAUUUAUCGUACCAUGCUCGAGCGCUUUCGUGGUGAGGUUGAUGAAGAAAUUGAAGUUGUUCUGACUGCGCGUGUUGCUGAAGAACAAGGUAUUGAUCAAGAGGAAAUAUCUUUACUUGAUGGAAUGAAAGACCUGCGACAAGGUGAUAAAGUUGUUGGGUUGCAGGAACACUCAGACGAUGGAAACUAUGCUUCAUUUACAGAUACAGAUGAAGAAUAA